GUACAUGCAUCUGUGGAAACUCUGAAGUCAAAAGCAGCACCUGAAAAGAAGGAAGAAAAAGCAAUGAAGGCAGGAGAGCAAGAUAAACCAAAGAUGAAACAAGCAAAUCCUGGAAAAGACAAAGAAUUGAAAUCUCCAGCUGCUACAAAAGAUAAAGAACACACUAAAGAAAAGGAAGGAAAGAAUCCUAUAGCUUUAAAAGAUAAAGUCCUAUCUUCUAAAUCUCAAAAACUUAAUUACUUCCCUACAGAGUCUCUGAAAGGAAAAAAUCCCAAGAAUCCAGAGGGGUCAAAGGAAAAAGAGACUGGUAAAAGAAAAGAUGUGAGGCCUCCGGCAGUCUUAAAGGAAAAGGACUCCUCAAAAGGAAAAGAAAUGAAGGUUUCAGCUACAACUAAGGAGAAAGCUGCGGUGAAAAAGGAAGGGGAGAAGAAAGGUACUUUAGAGAAAACUCAUGAACACAAACCUGCACAUAUUAAACAUGAAAAACCUCUCUCUCAGAUGAAGCCAGAGGAGAAAAUUAAACAACCAAAGACAGCUCCCACUGAGAAGUCAGAGCAUGAAGCAAUCAGGCAUGAAAAAGAUGUUCCAACUACAAAACCAGUCAAACUGAAAACAACUGCAAGUAUGUGUCAUGUCUUGUUUCCUAUGGAACAUAAACCUGCUUUUCAGAUGCAUGUUGUCUCAAUUCACGUUUUGUAA